AUGCGUCGUUUCCUUUCGUCAGCCAUCUGUCUCCUGUCCCUACAGGCAAUCGGAGCUUACGCACAAGCCGACCCUGUCGAAGAAGACAUCUCGGAGGACAAAUUGCAGAGCCCGUCACUAGGUGUCACUGUCAGUGCCUCCUUCCCUGAUGCCGAAAUCUUCGGCAUCAAGCUUGUCAAUGGAAAGGCUACCAAAGCUCUCAUCUCCUUCUCGAAUGAGGAACCCGAACCUGUCACCGUCAAAUUCAUUGGCGGAGCACUCUGGACGCCGCCAUUCGACCCUCAGGGCAAUAAGAUCGUCCGCAAUCUGACUGCAACGAGGUACCAUGUCGAGGUACCAGCAGGCGAAAAGCAAAGUCUUCCGUACAAUUUUGCUACCGAACUACAUCCCCAGGAUCUUCGACUUGAGCUAGCUGCUAUCAUAAGCAGUAGUGACGGGAAGGACUUUGCGUUACAAGCGUUCAAUGAAACUGUCAGUAUCGUGGAGCCGGACACCAGCAUCUUUGAUCCUCAAAUUAUAUUCCUCUACCUCUUCAUGCUCUCCUGUGCCGGUGGUGUCCUGUACCUCUUCUACAGCAUCUGGAUUGCUCCCUAUUUCCCGCAAAAGCGUACCAGGGGCGGGGGCGAGAAACCCAAAAAGACAAUUGGUAGCCACAAGAAGAUCGACGCUGGGGAGUCGGCCGAAGCUUUGGGAACUGAUGGACCAGCGGUGACGACAGGCGCUAAGGGCUACAACGAAGAAUGGAUCCCAGCACACCAUAUUCAAAGGCCUGAGGCGAAGAGAGUUAAGAGCGGGAAUCCAAGGCCAAAGAGUAGAGGAAAGGCUGAUUAG